AUGCCGUUUAUCACGGUGGAUGAUAAAACUGUUGAUAUUUCAACGGCGAGAAGUUUAUUCUCUCUUAUUGAGCAGCAAAAGCAUGUCGUAAAUCGAACAACGCAACAGUUGAGCGAACUGUCCGCCGAUGACUUUGCCAAGUGGGGUGUGGAACAUGGAGCUGAAUUAGAGUACAGGGCAGAGUUAGCUCGUCGCAUUGCACAAACGUUUGACAACGCUGAGAGUAUAUUGAUGUUCGACAAUAUUCAUCCGUCUGGUUUAGAUGGCUUGACAGGUGCUGAUGUUAGUGAUGCAGAUCGAUCACUUCUCUGCGCUCUGUGGUUCUCGACUGGAUUCCCUAAGGGAGGUAAAGUACUUA